GGAACUACUAUGAGGAUGAACAGCAAAUGAAGGAUGAAUCAACCAACUCACUAAUCACUCAGACUAUUUAACUCAGUACCAACCAUCAAGCAUCAAAUUGGUUUUUGAAUGAAUGGCAACAAAUCAAAAACCCUCCAAACAGACAUCAAAUUCAGAUCUUAUAAUCUUACUUAAAUCAGGAUUAGCCGGUGGAAUUGCAGGAUGUGUUGCUAAGACUAUCGUUUCUCCUUUAGAUCGAGUCAAGAUUUUAUUUCAAACUGCACAUCCACAAUUCUCUCAUCAUUCAGGUUCGAUUACUGGUGUGUUUGGUGCGAUUCGUCAGAUUUAUUCAUCAGUUGGGUUCUUGGGUUUGGUUCAAGGUCAUAGUGCAACACUCUUACGGAUCUUCCCAUAUGCAGCUAUCAAAUUCAUGGCAUAUGAUAGUUUUCACAAUCUUUUAAUUCCGGUUCAUUUACGAGAUCGACCACCUUCAUCACGUCUUUUCAUGGCUGGAGCACUCAGUGGGAUCACAGCUGUCUUUUUUACAUAUCCUUUGGAUUUGUUGAGAGUUCGAUUAGCAUUUGAAACUAAACAAGGUUCAUCAAGGGUUAAAAUAUUGGAUACCAUUCGCGAUAUUUAUACCGAACCUGCUAAAGUUGGACAUUCGGCAUCUAAUCGAUUAUUCAAUAAUGUACCCUUCACCAAGUUCUAUCGAGGGUUCACUCCCACACUCUCGGGAAUGAUUCCAUACGCAGGCACCUCUUUUCUAGUAUGGGGUACACUUCAAUCCAAACUCUUACCAAACCAAAGAUCGUCCAAUACGAUCCUCAACCUAUUAUGUGGUUCAGUAGCUGGUUUGAUCUCUCAAACCGCUUCAUAUCCUUUCGAGAUCGUCAGAAGAAAGAUGCAAAUCGGUGGUCUAGGUUUAUCUCCAGUCAUGAACAUGUCACAAGUUGCUCGUCAAAUUUUCCUCACUGAUGGAUUUAAGGGAUUCUUUGUUGGUUUAAGUAUCGGUUAUCUUAAAGUCAUCCCAAUGACAGCUAUCAGUUUUGUAACUUGGUCUACUCUCAAGAUUCGUUUUGAAUAAAUCUCGUGUUUUUUUCUGGUUUUGCUGGCUGGUGUUCUGUAUCCUACCUCCUUUCUUCUCGUCGUCUCAUUUUUUUUCUUGUAGUUAAACUCGCAUUUUUUCAUCGUUGUGGUCAAGGCUGGUUUGUAUGACCUUCAAACGUUGUAUUACAAGAUUGUGUGUGAUAGGUACCGUUGUUCCCUAACAGACAUUCUAAAGUUGAUCAGCAAAGUAUUGGCGACUAAUCAGUGAAAGUACGGAUCUGUGGAUCCUUGUAAAGAAUGUAGACUUGAUUGAUCGUUUUGUAUUUG